AGGGAACUUGUGUCAGGGGGAGUGCCGGGCCCCGCUCCCGGGAAAAGGAUCAUCUCUCUUCUUCGCGCCCCUUCCCCCCCCCCGCCGCUUGUUCCUUUUCGCCUUUCCCCUUGUGCCUGGCCCUCUUUUUGCGCCCCACGCCCGGUUCACACAGUCGCGUCGCCGAUUACAGGUUCCGCCUCCCCCUCUCCCCCUCUCUCUAUUUCCCCCUGCCGGUCCCCAUGUUUCCGCUCAAGGUCCAGUACUUUACCAGCGCCCUGGCUGGCAAGCCGCGGAGCAUCUUCACAGUGGACCUGCCGCCCGAGGCCACGGUCAAGUCCCUGGUCGAGGAGAUCCGUGCGAAGGUCCCCGGCGCGCCUGAGCAUUUGGCCAUUUGCUACCGUGAGUGCAUCCUCGAUGAGCUGCUGGAAGUCCCCUUCCGGCAGAUGGGCAUCCCCGAGGGAUCACAGGUGAAGGCCUUCGGCAGUGCCAAGCCCUUGGCCGAGGAUCCCUUUGGUUCGGUGCUGUACCAGCUAUGGAAGCGGAAUGCCAUCGAUCGCCAAUCAAACAACCUGCACAAGGCUAUCCUCGCCCUGCCGGAGCUUUUGGAUCCCUUUAAGGGCACGAGCCAGCUAUUUGACCAGGCUCUGGCCGAGCCGCGCAACAUGAAGGACUGGCUGCGGCAGUUCCUCAACCGGAACAAUGAGAUCAGCAAAAUCGACAAGGAGCAGAAGCCGAUCCUUGUCUUUAGCGCGCAGGUUGAGAAGCCGGCGCUCGAGGCCAUCGUGCGGGACUUUUCCAACUUCCUUGUGGUGUCGGAGAAUUUGCUGAAUGCCCAGGACGAUCUGCCGGAGCUCCUGGGCUCGGUCCACAUGCUGUACAUCAGCUGCAAGGUGAAUGGCGUCCCCUGUCAGGCGUUUGUGGACACCGGCGCCCAAAUGACCCUGAUCUCGCACGAGUUCACCAAGCGCGCUGGCAUCGAGCACCUGAUCGACCGCGCGCACAAGGUCCUGGCGGUGGGUGUUGGCCAGCAGCAAACCGUCGGCCGGAUUCACCUGGCGGACCUGCACUUGACCAAUGACCAGGAGUCCAACAACACGGUGUGCUUGUACACCAGCUUCCAUGUGAUCGACCAGCCGAUGGAUGUGCUGCUGGGGUUGGACAUGUUGCGCCGGCACCAGUGCGAGGUGGACCUCCACAAGGGGGUGCUCCGGGUGGGGGACUUCGAGACGGCCUUCCUCAGUGAGGCGCAAGUGGACAAGAGCAAGACCAUUGGCGGCCGGACCGGGUCACCGGAGCUUCGGUCGGGGGGUGGUGCCCCCGACAACCGGCACCCGGAUGGGAGCGCCUCUUCGCCGGCUCUGUUGCGACGUGCUCCGGGCGUGGCGGACCCCUCGGCCGCGGGGGGCCCCCCGGUGGCCGAGCCGGCCCCGGCCCCUGGGCCCGGUUCUCGCGACGAUGUGUACAUGCCGAGCCAGGAGCAAAUCCAGCAACUUGUGGCCAGCGGCGUGCCGGCUGACAUCGCCAUUCAGCUGCUGUCCUUCACCAAUGGCGAUGUGGCCCUGGCGAUGAACCUCUUUUUGGACAUGUCCUGAGGGGGGGGGGGCCUCCUUUUCCCGGUCGGCCCCGGUGUGCCCCGGCCCGGAGGUCCGAGGGUGGCAGUCCAGCGUGUUCUUCUGUCCAUAACCAGACCGGCAAUAUACAAUUAUACACCUUGCCCU